AUGGGGUUGGAGUUCAGUCGCCCCAGGCAGGACUUGCUCGCUUGCAGGGACACAGGAGUAACUUCUGCCCAGGACACUGGUCUGCCGCAGUUCACUCUCCCCAUGGAAGAAAUUGAAGCCAGAGAAGCCUGUGACUGGCUGAGGGCUGCCGGGUUUCCCCAGUAUGCUCAGCUCUUUGAAGGUAUGAUCACAGACACUUCUCAAGCAGCUGACACUGAACUCGAGAGUGGUCAGUCAAAGGCCAAACCCACAAUAAGUGAACCUGUUCUUCUAGAAGGGCUUAGUGAAGAAAAGAUGAAGAUGCUGAACUGUGUGAAUAUUUCUGACCUCUCUGGCAUCCAAACAAAGGACAGUUCUUCCUUUUCUCCCCAGAGUCACAGCAGCAGCAGUCAGUCUGGAAAAAGCAGCACAGUGAGCACUCCAAGUCCUGGUAUAAAACCAGGCAGCCCCUGUGAGGGAAGGGGGAUGUGUGCAGAGCACACAGACUCCAGCAAGCUCUUGCUGUGGAAUGACCUAUCUCAGCAAAACCUGAAAAAUGACAUGACAUUACAAAAAUCUCAGAUGUUUCAAAUACCACAAGGCCAUAAACCUGGCACCUUCCCCACAGCACUUACAGACAGCUCCCUCUCUCCAGCAGACAACUCUUCUGUCAACUGGAGAACUGGGAGUUUUCACGGGUGCAGGAGAAGCCGGAGCAGAAGCGGUUCCAAGGAGCCCAAAGCCCCCAGGAGUCCCCUUUCAGGCUCCUGUAACAGGCUAAGUGUGUAUGACAACAUGCCCAAUAUGGACCUUGACAACCUGGAGGCGGCACAAGUCGGUGAUGAUGAUGUUUUUUCAGAACUGAACAAUGUUAUAGCAGAUGUCAACGGCCUCAAAAAGUUGGUUGAUCAGUGGACAGAGAAGUUCUCAGAUGAUGGGGAUUCUGACUUUGCCAGUGACUUGACCUCUUUGUGUCCAUCCUCCCCUAAAGAAAGCUCUCUUGAAACGGAGGGCUCAGAAGACAAGAGAGCAGGGGGCACUGAGGGAGAGAGCAGCUGUGGCCUGGGCAAGGAGAUUGGCUCUGCAGAUCUGACAUACAUCACAGACUCUAAAAAGGCCAACAGGCACAGGAAGCAACACUGGUCUGUGGAAGAGAGUGUGAACUUGGAAAGCCUUUCCAUGCAGAGUGAUGGCCAGUCUGCUGCCCAGCUGGCCCGGACACAAAAGCUGGCACUGUUGAAACUCACUGCUUUAAUGGACAGAUAUUCCCCUUCCAGCAGGCAGGGCUGGAACUGGACCAUACCAAAGUUCAUUAAAAAACCAAAAGCCUCUGACUACAAGGACAAAAACGUGUUUGGGGUUCCUUUACUCCUGAACGUGCAGCGAACAAGCCACCCACUGCCCAACGGGAUCCUGCAAGCCCUGGACUACCUGAGAAGCCACUUUCUUGACCAGGUUGGCCUGUUCCGAAAAUCUGGUGUUAAAUCCAGGAUCCUGUCUUUAAGAGAAAUGAAUGAAACCAACCCAAACAACGUCUGUUACGAGGGGCAGUCAGCAUUUGAUGUGGCAGACAUGGUGAAGCAGUAUUUCCGAGACCUCCCCGAGCCCAUAUUUACCAGCAGGCUCUGUGAAUCCUUCCUCCACAUCUACCAAUACGUGCCAAAGGAUCAGCAGCUCCAGGCUGUCCAGGCUGCCAUUCUCCUUCUCCCAGAGGAAAACCGAGAAGCUCUGAAAAUCCUCCUGUUCUUCCUGCGAGACGUGGUCGCUUUUGUCGAGGAAAACCAGAUGACCCCAACCAACAUUGCUGUCUGUCUGGCACCUUCUUUGUUUCACCUCAACACCCUGAGGCGGGACAGUUCCUCCUCCUCCACUAGAUCCAGUCAGAGGAAGUGCAGCCUAGGGAAGCCAGACCAGAGGGAGCUGAGUGAGAACCUGGCAGCAACGCAGGGCUUGGCCCACAUGAUCAUGGAGUGCAACAGGCUCUUCCAGGUAAAACUGCUCUCUGCCUGCCUGCAGCACCAAGAUGACACCAAAGGCCGGGUGACCUGCUCAUACCUGGCAAAUAAGGUAAAGAGGAUGGAAAGUCACCACAGUAAAGUUGCCUCUGGGAGUGAGGGAGGCUGCACGUGGCUGGAGGGUUUCCUGGAGGUACGCUUGGGUGUUUGGAGUUCAUGGGCUUUGGAUCCUGCACCGGGAAUUGCUCUGAGCUGUGCCCACAGCACUCGUCUGCCUCUGUACCUGUGA